CAUUUAUGCCCUUCCUUAUACUAGUAAUUGUUUACUCUCCUCAAUGUAUAGAAAUUAAGCUGAGUCAGCUUCAUUUCUCCCUCUAUAUAUACCCAACUCCUUUCUUCUUUCUCCUUCACACCAAAACCAAAACCAAAGACUCCAUCUUUUCUAAAUCAAAACCUCUCUUUUCUCUCUUUCUUUGCUGUUAAAAGGCUUAAAACCCAUUUUUGAAAGCUUUUUUUCUGGUUCAAAGGUGCAAAAACAAAAACCAGAAACAUGCCAGAAGCACCAAAGAACACACAAAAGCCAACAGAUUACAACCUGGAAUUGAAGAACAAGAAAACCCUUCAGUUCAUUGAAGAUGUGACUUCAAACGCUGAUGAAGUUCAAAAGAAAGUCCUGGAAGAGAUCCUUUCACGCAAUGCUCAUGUUGAGUACUUGCAAAGACAUGGCCUCAAUGGUCACACUGAUCGAGAAACUUUCAAAAAAAUUAUGCCCGUCAUCAACUAUGAGAAUAUCCAGCCUGAUAUUGACCGUAUUGCCAAUGGUGACACCUCUCCAAUCCUUUGUUCCAAGCCCAUUUCUGAGUUCUUGACAAGCUCUGGGACAUCAGGUGGAGAGAGAAAGUUGAUGCCAACAAUUGAAGAGGAGUUAGGGAGGAGGUCACUGCUCUAUAGCCUAUUGAUGCCUGUUAUGAGCCAAUUUGUUCCUGGUCUAGACGAAGGCAAAGGAAUGUACUUUUUGUUUAUAAAAUCCGAGGCUAAGACACCUGGUGGCCUUGUGGCACGCCCAGUUCUCACUAGCUACUACAAAAGUAGCCAUUUCAAAAAUAGGCCAUAUGACCCUUACACAAACUACACUAGCCCAAAUGAAACCAUUCUUUGUCCUGAUUCUUACCAAAGCAUGUAUUCUCAAUUGCUUUGUGGACUUUGCCAACACAAAGAAGUUCUCAGGGUUGGUGCUGUUUUUGCCUCUGGCUUCAUUAGGGCCAUCAGGUUUCUUGAAAAACGUUGGCCUUUCCUUUGCAAUGAUAUUAGAACUGGAACCAUUGAUGCCCAAAUCACUGACCAAUCUGUCAGAGAGGCUGUCAUGAAAAUCCUGAAACCUGAUCCUAAACUAGCUGAUUUUAUUGAGGCUGAGUGUAGCAAAGAUUCAUGGCAAGGGAUCAUAACAAGGUUAUGGCCUAAUACAAAGUAUGUGGAUGUGAUUGUGACAGGGACCAUGUCACAGUAUAUUCCCACUCUUGAUUACUAUAGCAAUAGCCUCCCUCUUGUCUGCACCAUGUAUGCAUCUAGUGAAUGCUAUUUUGGGGUCAACUUGAAGCCUCUUUGCAAGCCAAGUGAAGUUUCCUAUACUCUCAUUCCCACCAUGGCCUACUUUGAAUUCUUGCCAGUUCACAGAAACAAUGGGGUCACUAAUUCUAUUUCUGUGCGUAAAUCUCUCAAUGAGAAAGAACAACAAGAAUUGGUUAACCUUGUUGAUGUUAAGCUUGGCCAAGAGUAUGAGCUUGUUGUCACCACUUAUGCAGGACUUUACCGUUACAGAGUUGGUGAUGUGCUAAGGGUAGCAGGGUUCAAGAACAAGGCACCGCAAUUCAAUUUCGUAUGCAGAAAAAAUGUGGUUUUGAGCAUUGAUUCAGAUAAGACUGAUGAGGUUGAACUUCAAAAUGCUGUCAAGAAUGCAGUGAACCAUUUGCUGCCAUUUGAUGCAACAUUGGCUGAGUAUACUAGUUUUGGAGAUACCACUACAAUUCCCGGCCACUAUGUGCUCUACUGGGAACUUAGCCUCAAUGGUACCACCCCAAUUCCUCCCUCAGUUUUUGAAGACUGUUGCUUGACCAUUGAAGAGUCCCUCAACAGUGUGUACCGCCAAGGGCGUGUAUGUGACAAAUCAAUUGGACCUCUUGAGAUCAAGAUUGUUGAACCAGGGACAUUUGACAAGCUGAUGGACUAUGCCAUUAGCUUAGGUGCUUCAAUUAACCAGUACAAGACUCCAAGAUGUGUGAAAUUUGCUCCCAUUGUUGAACUUUUGAACUCAAGGGCUGUGUCCAGUUACUUCAGUCCCAAAUGUCCCAAAUGGUUGCCUGGCCACAAGCAAUGGAGCAACAAGAAUUAAGGGAAAUGACGGGGACUUCUCUUAAUUUGUAGCUUUCCAUGGAAGUUCACAGGAACUGUUUUUGUGAUCAUCUUAGGAAAAAGUUAAAUGGACCCAUUCUACGUUACCCCCCACCCCUCUCAUGUUUUUAUGUUUCUUUUUCUUUCAACUUCUUUAUGCAUAGGGACUUUUGAUUUAGCCAUGUACAAAAACAGUUCGUGCUUCAAGGAAAGAUCUUCCAAAAAAACAAAAGAAUUCU